CGCUUCAGCCGCCGCCCCGUCAGCGCCCGGCGAGCGGCACGGAGCCCGGCCCUCUACCGCGCCGGAUGUGAUGGCCGCCCGGGCGGGGGGGCGAGCCUAGCGCUGGCCGGCCCGGCUCUGACGGGCGGCGGCGGCGGCUUCUCCUUCCCCUCGGCGCUCCCUCCUCGGUCCGGGGAGCGACUGGGCGGGUUGUCCCGAUGCGGAAAACAGGCAGCAGCCAUGCAACCGCCGCCGCAGCCCUACGAGUUCUUCGGUGAGGAGAAUGGCCCGAAAUGGCGGGGGCUGUUCGUGCCCGCCCUGCGCAAGGUUCAGCAACAGGUUCACCCCAACCUGUCAGCAAAGGAAGAUUCCCUCUACUACAUUGAGGAGUUGAUACUUCAGCUGCUAAACAAGCUAUGCAUCGCCCAGCCACGCACAGUCCAAGAUGUAGAGGAGCGUGUUCAGAAGACGUUUCCUCAUCCCAUAGACAAAUGGGCCAUUGCUGAUGCACAGUCUGCCAUAGAGAAACGGAAAAGAAGAAACCCACUCCUGCUGCCUGUGGACAAAAUACACCCCUUAUUAAAGGAGGUCCUUGGUUAUAAAGUAGAUUACCAUGUCUCUCUGUAUAUUGUGGCUGUCUUAGAAUACAUCUCAGCUGAUAUUUUAAAGCUGGCUGGAAACUACGUUUUCAAUAUACGACACUUUGAGAUCUCCCAGCAGGACAUUAAAGUAUCCAUGUGUGCUGAUAAGGUUUUGAUGGAUAUGUUUGAUCAGGAUGACAUUGGCUUGGUUUCUCUCUGUGAAGACGAACCUUCUUCUUCUGGGGAACUCAAUUAUUAUGACCUAGUGAGAAAUGAAAUUGCAGAAGAAAGGCAAUAUCUCCGGGAGCUGAAUCUGAUCAUAAAAGUAUUUCGGGAAGCUUUCCUCUCUAACAGAAAGUUGUUCACACCUAACGACAUUGAUGUGGUGUUCAGCAACAUUUCAGAUAUUCAUGAGUUGACAGUGAAGCUUUUGGGAUUGAUUGAGGAUACUGUUGAGAUGACUGAUGAGAGCAGUCCUCAUCCUCUGGCUGGCAGCUGCUUUGAGGAUCUUGCUGAGGAACAAGCCUUUGAUCCGUAUGAAACCUUGUCCCAGGAUAUUCUCUCUCCACAGUUUCAUGAGCAUUUUAAUAACUUAAUGGCAAAACCUGCUGUCGCUCUUCACUUCCAGUCUACUGCUGAAGGCUUUAAAGAAGCUGUACGAUACGUCCUCCCACGGCUCAUGCUUAUCCCAGUCUAUCAUUGUUUGCACUACUUUGAGUUACUGCAGCAACUGCAGGAAUGCAGUGAAGAUGAGGAGGAUCGGGAGUGCUUAAAGCAAGCCAUUACUGCUCUUCUGAAUCUCCAGUGCAGCAUGGAGCGCAUCUACAGCAAACACUCCCCAAGACGUCGGCCUGGGGAGCCAGUCUGUCGCUUCUAUAACCGGCAAAUCAGAAGCAAGCACUUGGCCAUCAAGAAAAUGAACGAAAUCCAGAAGAAUAUUGAUGGCUGGGAAGGCAAAGAUAUUGGGCAGUGCUGCAAUGAAUUCAUAAUGGAAGGCACCUUGACAAAAAUAGGAGCUAAACACGAACGGCACAUCUUUCUCUUUGAUGGCUUAAUGAUCAGCUGUAAGACUAACCAUGGCCAGUCACGGCUCCCCGGUUACAGCAACGCGGAGUACAGACUGAAGGAAAAGAUAAUCAUGAGAAAAAUACAGAUCAUUGAUAAAGAUGACACGUCUGAAUACAAACAUGCUUUUGAACUGGUGUCUAAAGAUGAAAACAGUAUGCUCUUUGCUGCCAAGUCUGCUGAAGAGAAGAGUAACUGGAUGGCUGCUCUGAUUUCCCUCCAGUAUCGGAGUACUCUGGAUAGGAUGCUCGACUCAGUGUUGCUGCAGGAGGAAAAUGAGCAGCCACUGAGGUUGCCCAGCCCAAGUGUGUACCGCUUUGUUGUAGAGGAUUCUGAGGAUAACAUUGUUUUUGAGGACAACUUGCAAAGCAGGAAUGGAAUUCCCAUCAUCAAAGGAGGAACGGUUGUGAAAUUAAUCGAGAGGCUAACGUACCAUAUGUAUGCAGAUCCCAAUUUUGUACGUACCUUCCUUACCACAUACCGUUCCUUUUGCAAGCCCCAGGAACUGCUGAGUUUACUGAUUGAAAGGUUUGAAAUCCCAGAGCCUGAGCCUACUGAAGCAGACAGGCUGGCAAUCGAGAAAGGGGAGCAGCCCAUCAGCGCAGACCUGAAGCGAUUUCGCAAGGAAUACGUCCAGCCAGUGCAACUCAGAAUAUUAAAUGUUUUUCGUCACUGGGUGGAACACCAUUUUUAUGACUUUGAAAGAGACCUGGAGUUACUGGAGAGAUUGGAGACGUUUAUUUCAAGUGUAAGAGGAAAAUCCAUGAAGAAGUGGGUGGAAUCGAUUGCUAAAAUCAUCAGGAGAAAGAAAGCACAGGCAAAUGGGAUCAGUCACAACAUCACCUUUGAGAGUCCCCCUCCCCCCAUCGAGUGGCACAUCUGGCGCGUGGGGCACAGCGAGAUGCUGGACCUCAUGACUCUGCAUCCCAUCGAAAUCGCCCGGCAGCUGACGCUGCUCGAGUCUGACCUGUACAGGGCAGUGCAGCCUUCUGAACUCGUCGGUAGCGUUUGGACUAAAGAAGAUAAGGAAAUUAACUCCCCAAAUCUAUUGAAAAUGAUUCGCCAUACUACAAACCUUACUCUGUGGUUUGAAAAGUGCAUAGUGGAAACUGAGAACUUUGAAGAGCGAGUGGCUGUGCUGAGCAGGAUUAUAGAAAUCCUGCAAGUGUUUCAAGAUCUGAACAAUUUCAAUGGUGUUUUGGAGAUAGUCAGUGCAAUGAACUCUGUGUCGGUGUACAGGCUGGAUCACACAUUCGAGGCACUACAGGAAAGGAAAAAGAGAGUUUUGGAUGAGGCAGUAGAACUAAGUCAAGAUCACUUCAAAAAAUACCUAGCUAAACUCAAGUCAAUCAAUCCACCCUGCGUGCCUUUCUUUGGAAUAUACCUAACAAAUAUUUUGAAGACAGAAGAAGGGAAUCCUGACUUCCUUAAGAGACAAGGGAAAGAAUUAAUAAAUUUCAGUAAGAGGAGAAAAGUGGCUGAAAUUACAGGAGAAAUUCAGCAGUAUCAAAACCAGCCUUACUGUUUACGGGUAGAGCCAGAAAUUCGGAAAUUCUUUGAAAAUCUCAAUCCUAUGGGGAAGAUACCUGAAAAAGAGUUUACAGAUUAUCUGUUCAACAAGUCGUUAGAAAUUGAACCUCGAAACUGCAAGCAACCUCCUAGAUUUCCUAGGAAAACAACGUACCCACUGAAGUCUCCUGGGAUAAGGCCCAAUGCUGGCAGGCACGGCUCCACCUCUGGCACCUUGAGAAGUCACCCACUGCCACUUGAAAAGGAGCCGAGUAAGAUAAGUUUCAGUCGAAUCACUGAGGCGGAGCACGAGUCAGCAGUGUCUGCACCAACCUCUCCCAACACACCUUCCACUCCCCCAGUGUCUGCUUCGUCGGAGUUCAGCGUAUUUUUAGACAUUGACCUCAACAGUUCUUAUGGUAGCAACAGCAUCUUCGCUCCCGUCAGUUUGCCUCAGUCAAAGACUUUCUUCAGCUCAUGGGGUAGCUUUCCUAAGCUAAGUGAUGAGCCUCAAAACCCUCCUCCGCUUCCUCCUCGAAAAAAGAUGGAUCAGGAUGUUUCUAAUGCCAAGGGAAGCCUGAAAUCAGACGAUGAUCCUCCAGCGAUUCCACCUCGGCAGCCGCCGCCUCCAAAGCUGCAGCCUCGUGCUCCUGCUUACAGCCCCUUUGAGCAGCCUCUGCACAGCCCUCCUCCUCCUCCCCCUCGGGAUCCUCUCCCCGACACUCCACCUCCGGUUCCUCACCGACCUCCCGAACACUUUAUCAACUGCCCUCUAAACCUGCAGCCGCCGCCGUUGGGCCGCAUGCACAGAGAUCCCGACUGGUUCCGGGAUGCCGGCCCGGGCCCCAGCUCUCCUGGCACUCCUCCCAGCACUCCCUCUCCACGGCUGCUGCGUCGCUGCUGCGCGAUGGGCGCCGCUCACAACAGCCCCGGCCACCCGCCUGCGCCCCCCGUCCCACCCAGGCAGAACUCGAGCCCUCAGCUCCCGAAGCUGCCGCCAAAGACUUACAAAAGGGAGCUCUCCCACCCCCCUUUGCACAGACUGUCUUUGCUGGAAAAUGCAGAAGCUCCUCAAUGACCUUAGCCGUGGUAGUCAUUGACACUGGAAUAGUCUUUGUAAAGUCCCUUUUUUUAUUUAUUCAGAAAGGCAGUGUAUUUUAGUACUUUCGCAGAUUGUGCUCUUAAAGUGCUGCUGAUCAAACAAACAAAAAAUAGCUUAAAUUGGGGACAAAACCCAACAAAACUACACAGUCUGGCCUGCGUCUGUUGGACAGCGUUGCCCUCAGGUGAGCAGCAGCAUUGCCUUCUUUCACACCCUCAGUGCCGACAGUUAUGCCAGUAUACAAAGAUACCUUUUGCACUGUAAACGACACUAAUUGAGCUGAAACUGACAUCAUUUGAUUGCACUGAGCCAAAAAAAAAGAAAAAGGUGCGUCUGUGGAAUCUUCUGAUUUGAGCACUAAUGGCCUUGUUUUUGUUCUUUUUUGGAAAGAACCAUGGGAUGGUUGCACGAGGUGAGGAUACACACAGUGUUACUGAUCUCAGCCUCCGGCCACCUGCCUUCUAACUUUGGGCUCGGAGGUUUGUGAGUGACAGCUGCUGUUCCCCAAUGUUGUAAUGUGUGUUGAUUUGCUGCUGAAGACAAAGAGAAAUGGAGUGAAAUCUCACAGGUGAUACCAAAAUAUCCAGUUGGUGUUGACUGAUGAACAAGGACUGCCUGUCUCCCAUACUGGAAAGCACCCCUCUACGUACUUAGCAUGCAUCUUGUUCAGAUGUGCCUUUUUGUUUCGGUAGGUGAAGAUGUCUUAAGCUAAAGAGUUGUUCUGCUCUUCUGGAGAACAAAGCUAUACGCCGUGUAUGUACAACUGUUCAUAUUGUAUAUUUACAGUAGUGCUGAUAACCUGUACAAAAGGAAGUGAAACGAGGCCUAGGACGGCCUGCUGCUCGCCAUCUUAUGCGGCCAGAAGGAUUCCUCUGGCUUAGGAACAGUCUUGCCUUCCAAACCUAAUAACUUCCUUCAGAUUUCACCUAACUUAAUCAUGAAUCCAUUUUGGAAAUUGGUAGCAUUUAAACCAGCAAACAUUUAAAGCUUUAUUAAACUUUUUAAACUGACAACUGAAUGGAACUUUUCUUUACCAGUCGGACUACUGGUGUGAGAGCGAGUCUGUUUUACCGGCAGUAGUGUAGCAGCAUUUAUACAGUGGCCAGAAGCCACAUUUUAUUUACUGGUCUGUGGCCUUUUACUGUGCUUUGUAUCAGAGUUCUUAACAAGAUUAAUAAAUCACCCCAGUCUUAAUUUUCAA